UUGACUACCGAAGCCGACCGAACUACAUUGAAAUACCAUUUUCGUCCAAAUUAAUUCCUCUUUCUAAUUAUGGUUACCUCUAUGUUUGUUCUAUUCCAUUUCCCCUCGCUUCUGGACCCUACACUGAUGAAAACACCGAUGCCGGCGGUGGUGAUGGCGAUCAUCAUGAUGGCGAUGAUGGUGACAUAUUCCCAACUCGAAACCCGGCCGCCGCACCCGUGGACUGGACAAGCAGCAAAGCCAACCGAAGUUCGGAAGCCGUCCGGAUGCUGGAGCGAUGCAUCAAGCUGGAACCACUAUUCACCGCGGCUUAUCUGGAAUUGGUGAAAUUAUACAGCGGUUUGAAGGCUGGCCAGCUGUUGCGGCGAGUGGUCCAGCUGAACCCGUACGACGUGGACCUGCGCCGGCAGUACGGCGACUGGCUGAUGGAGCAGAAUUUGCUGCUGGAGGCCAUUGUCCAGUACCAGGAAGGUCUUAAAAUAAUGGAAACACAUCAAUUAUCGGUAAUCGGAGCCUGUCGGGCGCUUCGCCGGCUCGGCCAACACUCACGACUCCAUCAGCUGAUACUGAGAUGGCAAUUUAUAGUGCGCUUAUCGAACGGUGGCAUUCCGAUACAGACCGAGAUCUAUCUUCGUGAUUGGAGCCUGAAGCACGAGCUCCGGAACCGGGCCAUGAUCUACGAUGUUGGCGGAAGCGGGGCUGCGACAGGUGGUGGUAGUGGCGGAGCAAGCAGUACUGGGCCCAAUAGCGCAAGCACCCGAAGUAUUUCGCAUGGAAGCAGUCACAGCAGUGGGAGAGGGUCGGAUGUUGUCCGGGCGGAAGGCAGUGUGGAUUGUGGUGCAUCUUUCGAUGUUUGCUCAAGUCCCACCGAUCCAGCCGUUCGCAGUCACUCGUCAGUGGAAUCCGAAAUCAGCAUACGAAUCCUCCGAACGCCUCACUGCAACCUUUCGGAACAUCUCUCGGGAUCGCUUAAAAAUUGCAAAAUACCUCCUGGGUCACCAUCGUCGCCGUCACAGACGGCGUCCCGUGUGAAGUCGUCGUCAUCCCGAGGAGGAGAUGGUAAAACUACGGGGAAGCAUAAAAAGUGGCCUAAAUCGCGCCAUAAGAGCAAAGGACCCACGCCUACAGUGACAGACUCAUCGGCUUCGUCGGAGCUGGAACCUAGCUCGGGUGAUUUGAGUCCCCUGUUGGUGUCCAACAUACUGGAUAAGCUAUAACCUUAGGUAACAGCCAGUUGAUGCAGAAAACGAAAAACGUGACUUUCAACAAAGGGUUUUACAAAGCCAAACAAGCCUAACCAGCUCAUGAUUAGCAACAAUACCGAGCCUGGUCUAAUCGCUUAAUUUUCAAACGAAGAAACCAUGUAAGUAUUAUUGAUCAAAUAUUGUAAAUUUGUUUCGAUUACGAAUCGGCCAAAAAAAUGGUGCAAUGUACAGUAACAGAAGUAAACUCAAUCGAUAAUAAGUGAUACAUUUGGAUAAGACUAACUUAGCGAUAGUUAUUUAAGUUGCUAGCCAUAGGAAUUCAGCCAUGCAAUGUACGAUAGCUAACUGCUACGAAACUACCACAAAGAAUAAUGUUUGAGAGUGAGACAUGCGACAUAAGGUGUAAGAAUACUAUUAGAAUAGUGUUUAUUUUUUUAAAACCAUACUGUAAAGAUUUUCAUGUGUAUGAUAUGGGAGCGAAAGCAAACAACCUGGAACUAGACUAGAAAGUUAGGCUAAGCUCAUGCGCCGAUUCUACGGAUUGUGGAAGCGGUAAUUGCCAAGUGAUAAAUCAUGACAAAAACAUAAACUAAGCUAAAGUCCGCGGGAAUGGAAACGAUUGUAGAGCUAAAUCUAAGACUGGUGAAUAGACAUUCAAAUACAUUUAAUGGCGAUGGGUUUUUCAAAAAGAUGUGUGGGCAGGGCAUUGGGGUGUGUCAUUAAUUAUAUGGAGCAAUUUAAAUUUUGUUAAAUCUAGGCGGACCACUUUUUUAAUUCUUCAAUCACUUAACCUAAUUUACAGCUCUAUUGUCCACUAAGGCACUGCAUGAGCUAUUCCAAUUGGAAGCUGUACUUACACACUAAGAAAAAGUCGCAGAAUUCUGUGGAAUACUUCACCGAAUCUAUACUGUAAACCGAGUUUCCACAGAUCCUUCUGCGAAAUACAAAGCUUUUAGAUCCAACUGUCAAAACUUCAAAGAACAUUCGGUGAAAGCAAACAAACACACUAAGAAUAAAUCACAGAAUUCUGUGAAAUUUCACCGAAAUCUCAACAGCAGAAUUUUCGGU